CACGCUGUCAGCUCGGUGUGGAGGGAAAGGAGAAAGCCUGGAGAGGGAGAGGGGGGAACCUAGGCCGGACCAGGAAAGAGAGAGGAGGGCGGUAGACAGGCAGGCCUAGGCCUAGGCCGGAGCAGGCGACAGAGAGAGACCGAGGACGGAGGGGGGCGGUCCCCGAGCCAGGCCAGGAGAGUAGCGGCGGCUCGAUCCGAGCCCCGGCCUGCGAGACGCCGAGCUGCGGCCUACCUCGGAAGCCGGUUCGAUGGGGAAGAAGACGCGGAUCAAUCUGCCACAGAGCCGGCGACGCCCCAUCUUACAGCUGGAGCCUGGCCACAGGAAGGAGGAGCGCGGCUCGGGCUCCGAGGAUGAACAAGAGGAUGCAUCUGAUCAAUUAUUUGUUAAUUCGAGUUCAAACAGUACAGAUAAUGGAACAGCAAAGGAACCUGCAGUCCGGACUACAGGUGGGUUGGGCUUACUCGGAGCCUACACAGACAGCGAGGAUGAAGAUGGUCCUGACACUGAGCCACAAGAGGCAGAGCCACCGACUGGCAAACCUGCAGAUAUCGACAGCACGUUGGCGAACUUCAUGGCGGAGAUUGAUGCAAUUACAGCACCCAUGCCUGUCUCUGAAUCAGUGGCUACUCCCACUGAGACGCCACUGCCAGCACCCACACCACCACGACCAGAACCCACUGCUCAGAAAGCUGCAAACAACCAUAAAAGCAGUGAAGUGAAUGCAACAGUGGAAGGCAGUCACGUGGGAACUGAUUGGCACUACGAUACACAGUACUCACUUGCUGGAGUUAAUGUGGAUAUGGGUGACUGGCAGGAGGUGUGGGAUGAGAAUACUGGCUGCUACUAUUAUUGGAAUGUUCAAACUAAUGAAGUGACAUGGGAGCUGCCCCUCUACCUGGCUGCUCAACUCCAAGGGCUCCAUUACCAACACAGCUCCAUGACCCUGUCCGCUGGCGAGGUGGAGAGUAGUUAUCAGCACACAGGCGUCUAUCACCAUGACCAAACUGUGACAAAGCCAGAUGGCAGAAACCUGAAGAAGAAGGAAGUUAACGAGAGCGUGUUUGCACUGGCCAGUGAGAAGGAGGAACGUUCUGGUGUGGCUGCGUCUCUGUUGGCUCCACUCAUCCCUGAGGAGGUGAAGAAGGCUGAGGAGAAGUGGCGGAAGAAAAUAAUUUGCCAGGAGGAAGAAGGUGCUGAGGAGGACAGUAACAAGAACAGCAGCAUCAUACCUGCACAAGAAGCAGCUCAAGAGGAUCGUCCAAGUUUGAACAUUGGCCUGGAGAGCACAGAGGAAGAGGAGGCUGUGGAGAAAGAAGAGGAGGAGGAGUAUACCCGGGAAUUGGAAUUGGUACUGGAGAGAAAGAAGGCAGAGUUGCGUGCACUGGAGGAGGGCGAUGCCAGUUUGACUGGCUCUAGCCCUCGCUCUGAUUGCAGCCAGACAUUAGCACAGGAGGGACAGGUGUCUGAGAACAGCAAACAUGUCCACAGGAAAGGGAAGUGGCAGGCACUGGUUCGUACCUUCAGUCCCGAGUCUACCAGCCAUACUUCGGAUAACCUGGAGCAAGAAACCACCCCAGAGGAAGCGCACCGUCCUGAAACUGUUCCUGAAAAGCCGGGCGUCGAUCCUGAGGAGAGUGACAUGGAUCUUGAAGGACCUGCAGAAAAGCAAGUAGCUGCACCAAAACUACCACCAGAAGAGAAGGAUGACCGGGGUGAACUAAAGUUUCAGAUCGCUGAAUUGGCAAACACACUCUCCAGUAAACUGGAAUUCUUGGGAAUUAACAGGCACUCUAUCUCCAACUUCCACUUCCUGCUGCUCCAGAUUGAGACUCGAAUAUCAGACUGGCGAGAAGGAGCAUUGAAUGGCCAAUACCUGAAACGUAAACUGCAGGAAGCUGAUUUACAGAUUAAACACUAUGAAUCUAAUGCAUCCCCAAAAGGCUGGUCCUGCCAUUGGGACAGGGAGCACCGGCGCUAUUUCUAUCUCAAUGAGCAGACGGGCCAAUCACAGUGGGAGUUCCCUGAUGUGGAUGAGGAGGAUGAAACGGCUGAGUGUGCCUUGAGCCUGAAUGCUGGCAAGAGCGUGUUCUCUCCCAACGCUCCAGUGAAAGAAAUGACUGCCUCAAUAGGUGAUCCGACAGGUACGAUGCAUACAGAGCUAUGUGCCAGCCAGGUUGCAGUUUGUCAGCCAAAUAACACUGCUGUAAAAAGCAGCGUCCAACCUCCUCUCCCUCCUCUUCCUCCUCUCCCAUUGGAUCUUCCUCCUCCGCCUCCACCUCCACCUUCCUCUCCUCCCCCACUGCCACCGCCACCACCACCGCCACCGCCUCCCAGUGAUGAUGGGGAUAUACAGGAAGUGGAGAUGGAAGUGGAGAGUAAGGAGCCACCAGCACCGGGAACAGAAGAAGAUUGUUUGGAAAGAUCCCUUCUUAACAUCAUUCCAGUGACAGCAGUUCAACCUCCAGCAGCAAAGAAGAGUAACUCUGCUUCGAACACAAGUAUUAACUUACCAGCUUCAUGUCAGACUGCAAAAGGCAGCAAGAGGAAGGCGGCACUGCUGACGGCUGCACCUGUACCUCGUAACAUCACCAUUGGGAGCAGUCCUGUCCUGUACACUCAGUCAUCCAUGAUUGCAGGUCCCCAGCUGCUGGCCACGAUGGUACCCAUUCGUCCAAUGCACCAGCCUGUACCUGCGCCAACACCCCCUCUAUUGCCCAUGCUGACCAGACCAGUGCAGAUGCCGCAUCAUAUUCCUCAACGCCAAGUACCAGUUGCCCAGGCAAACCCACCACUCCCUAAGGUGCCAGAAGUGCUGCCAACUAACACGGUGACUCAAGCAGUGGAAAAGAGCAGAAAAGUGAAGAAAGACAAGAAUAAGAAAAGCAAAAUGAAGAUGCCAUCAUUGGUGAAGAAGUGGCAGAGCAUUCAGCGGGAGUUAGAUGACGAUGAGCACUCGAGCUCCAGUGAGGAUGAACAGAGAGCGAUUCUGGCUCAAAAGCGAAUUGAGGAAUGGAAGCAGCAGCAGCUUCUCAGGUGAGUGCUGUGCGCUAGG